AUGCGCGUAAUCUGGGUAUGUCCAUGAAAGUCAAGCGAUCGACCGCAGGGGAAGUGAGAGACAUGUUUGCGCAGAUUAAGAAACGGAAACUGGAGGCUGCACGAGCGGAUGAAUUUGACUUUGAGAAGCGAGUGGCUUACGCCAAAGCCGAGGAAGAAAAGAUCAAACGCCAACGCCGCAACAGAGAAAAGCAAAAGAAAGAGGAGAAGAAGAAGGAGGCUGAGUCCAGUCUGCCGCAAUCAACACUGACCAGCGAAGAGCUCAUGAUGCAGAAAAUGAUGGGCUUUGGUAGUUUCGAGACGUCUAAGACUUAAGCAAUAUGUUUAUGAUACACAAUGCCCGGACAACCAAGAUGCAUACAAUCCACAAUUCUCGGGAAAAAACAUUCAUCAACCGUGCUCCGCUCAGUGUGACAUUCGUGGUGUGAGCUGGUCCAAACGCUUCAUGCACUCGGAAACAUACGUUUGCCAGCUAAUGGCAGGGAUUAGUCUCGUAAGUGCUGUUGAUGAGCAACUAUGACAACCGUCGCAUCACUCGUGACGAACAUAGUAGCGCUGCGCUAACCAUGUUGAAUUUAAUCGAUUACGAUAGCGUUCAAUAGUUCUGUGAGACUUCUUGUACCGUUCAAUGUUAGUCAGUGCUUGGUUGCGCAUGUGCAUCAUUCGCCCCCGAUGGCAGGCAUACGGUGCUAGCUCAAUUGCACACAUUCCUGAGCAGCGAACAACGAGUCAAACAACUUUGGAAGACACAUCACUUGCUGAACACCCCGAUAAUUCUUAUGUAGUGGGUAAAGAUAAACGCUUCCUCAUCGUGCUCGGAGAUGCGUGUUGGAUAAAACAGCGUGGUUGCAGCGUACAACCUCAGUAGUUGGUGACAUAGCACUCAUGUUCGACGGUGACUGUGUGUCACCGGUGUCUGUAGCACCGCCGCCGCGUUGGGAGUAUUGUCCCAGAUAAGUUCUGUCAACAGAUAUAGUAAUUAUCCGUGUAUUCACUUGGUAUAUCCAUAAACGGCACCUAGCUUUCGCAAAUUUAUGUGACUAUUUAUCGAACCAUACGAUGAGAUUCGUCGAAGGACAUUCAAAAUAUGCAAAAAAAAGUAUGGGAAGGUAGGAUGAUCAAACUUAUUCUGAG